CGAUUGGAAGAAUGUAGGCUCUCUGUUCUGUCCGAUGAAGUAAGGAAGAGGUAGUAAUCGGAGGAGAAGAUAAACAGAGAAGACCAAUGGAAGCAGCGACGGGGAAGAAGAAGACGAAGAAGAGGAAGGAUGUGGAGAGUAGGGUGAGGAAAGGGACAUGGAAAGCAGAGGAAGACCAAGUGCUGAUGAAGCACGUCGACGAGUACGGACCUCGCGAGUGGAGCUCCAUUCGAUCCAAAGGCCUCCUGCAGCGCACCGGCAAGUCCUGCCGCCUCCGCUGGGUCAACAAGCUUCAACCCAACCUCAAAACGGGAUGCAAGUUUACAGAGGAGGAAGAGAGGGCGGUGAUCGAGUUGCAGGCCCGGUACGGCAACAAAUGGGCCAAGAUCGCGGCCCAUUUUACCGGCAGGACCGAUAACGACGUCAAGAAUUUCUGGAGCAGCCGCCAGAAGCGCCUCGCCAGGAUCCUCCGCACCACUUCAUGUUCUUCCUCCUCUGCCUAUGGGAAUCUAAUUUCCCUUCCAGAGCCGCCGAUGUUGAGAACGUCGGAGACGCCAGUCGAGACAGGGGAUCUGAUGACAGAGUCCAGUUCUUCGUUCCCGCCAAAAAUCGAGGAGGACUUCAUAGCGUUCUCGCCGGAGAUGCUGGCCAGACUGGGAGACGACCCUAAUUUUCUCUUCUUCGACGUAUUUGGAUCGGCGGCGGGAGAUCAUGGUGAUGACGAUAUGGUUCCUGAUGAUCAUCAUCAGCUUGGGGAACAAAAGCUCUUGGAAAAAACCGGCAGCAAGAUUGGCGGCGGCGGGAAUGAAGAUGGAGACUUCCCUGCCGACGAUGACGAUGUGUUUGAUGAACUUCACGAUCUUCCUAGCCCUUCUAAGUGGUGACUCAGGGAUCGCCGCUGAUUUAGGUUUAGCUAGCUAGUGCAAAUUGUUUGUGUGAUGAUUGUUUUGCUACAUUCAUUGUUUUAGUCUCAAAUUAUAUGCGUUAAUUACCUUUAGUUGUUGGUUGCUUUCCAUGGGAUAUAGCUGAAAUAUUUUAUGGAGAAAGUAAUUAUGUCACUACUUGAGACAAAAAAAAAAUUCAUAGAUAGAU